GGUACGAACAGUUUGCGCGCGGUUCACUUACCCUGGGGUUAAAAAAAAAAAAAAAAACUUACCCUGGGGUUUGUACGUUAAAAGGUGGGUGGGAAAAAUCCGAGCUGAGCAGGAUCACGUGAAGGCAGCACAGUGGACGAGGCGGAGAGACGAGGAGGAGGAAAGAAAGAAAGAAAAGGAGGCGAGGAAAGGAGGAAGGACGGAACCCUAAUGAAUUCAGCCUCGCAGUCUUGGCGCCAAUCCGAUCUACAAAGAAAUAGGAUUUUAUAAACAUUUGAAUCAACCUCCGACCAGGCUUUGUUGCUUUCACGUCCACCGGUUGAUGCUACAACCAGUUAGCUUCACAUAGCUCACGAUCUAUCACUGUCACGUCUAACCCCGUUUUCCUCCGAGACAACAGAGGCGCUUUUUCUCUCCGGGGCUCGACCGAGAAGACAGAGCUACGAAAAUGGGGAGGAAGUCCAGCAGAGCGAAGGAGAAGAAAGCGCGGCGUCUGGAGGAGAGGGCAGCCAUGGACGCCGUGUGUGCCAAGGUGGACGCAGCCAAUAAGCUUGAAGACCCUCUGGCUGCGUUUCCAGCCUUCAAAAAGUACGACAGAAACGGGCUGAACCUGCAGAUAGAGUGCAAGAGAGUGACCACCCUGAACCCGCUGGCUGUGGAGUGGGCCUUCGAGCUCACCAGAGCCAACAUGCAGGCGCUGUACGAGCAGAGCGAGUGGGGGUGGAAGGAGAGGGAAAAGAGGGAGGAGAUGAACGACGAGAGGGCGUGGUACCUGCUGGCCCGAGACGCCGACUCCACCCCGGUGGCCUUCUCUCACUUCAGGUUCGACGUGGAGUGCGGCGAGGAGGUCCUGUACUGCUACGAGGUGCAGUUGGAGAGCAGAGUGCGACGGAAAGGGCUCGGCAAGUUCCUCAUCCAGAUCCUGCAGCUCAUGGCUAACAAUACGCAGAUGAAGAAAGUGAUGCUGACGGUCUUCAAGCACAACCACGGGGCGUACCAGUUCUUCAGAGAAGCUUUACAGUUUGAGAUCGACGACACCUCUCCGAGCAUGUCCGGUUGCUGUGGCGACGACUGCUCCUACGAGAUCCUGAGCAGGCGGACCAAACACGGCGAGGCCUCGGCGGGGCACACUCACGGCGGCGGGCACUGCGGCGGCUGCUGCCACUGAUCAACCGCCGUCGCUCUGCUCCACGCGGCUGCGUCCGGUCGACCUCCGCCGGUGGAACGCCUGCGUGUGUUGAACCCGUGUAGUUUCGUGUGUUUGUUCCUGCUGCAGAGGCAGCACGCAGCUCAAACCUUCACGUCUUCUUCUUUUCUCUUUCUCCGACUUGUUCCCCUCUGCUUUCACUCAGACCUGACCGUUCUAACAACCGGAAAGAAAAACAAAAAGUUUUAUUUUUGCUUUGGUGAAUGUUUAUGUCACGAUAACAACCGGAGAACACGAUUUAGAGUUGAUCCGUUUGUGUUGAACCAGCUGGAUUUUCCCGAGGACCUUGUUGCUGAAACCACGCGAGCAUUUCCAGGGAACCAUCCCAGAUUUAGACGAGUCCUGAAACCCUGCAGCGCCGCAACAGAUCGGUCACGGAUGAAGUUUUAUUCACGAGAACACGAACACUGCGACGGCUCUCUGCUCGUGAAACGCCUGAAUAUCUUUGCAUUUCUUUUUAGGCGUCUUUAUUGACGCCGUUUGCUUUGCAAGUCUUGAUAUUUCUCAUACUGAUGUGAAAAAUAAUCUCAUUAAUGAGUUGAUCAGAGGUUCAAAUGAAAUCUUUUUUUCUCCCAUGUUUAGUUUGUGAAAGUACGUUUAUUAAUAAUUUUUAGCUUCUUUCGUCUAACGGUCUUUUUUUUGUGUGUGUUGAUGCUUUAAGAUCAGAAUCAAACAUCACAUUUCCCACACACCACCUGCAUCAACUCGGCUUCUUUGUCACGUUUCUCUGCCUCAAACUGUUUGAUGAUCAGAGCUGUUUGCAUUUUUACUCACUUUCCUGAGCCGUCGGUCGCACUCGCCUCGUUUUUUUGUUUUCCUUCAACAGCACUUAUCUUAAUCCUGCUAAACAAACCCGUUUAAUAUUUAGGUUUAACCAAAAUUAAGGAUUAGCAGUAGGAUGUGAAUUUAUUUUUUUUUACAUUCCUUUUACGUUGCUUUCUUGACUCGCACGAUAAAGUGAUUAUUUUUAUUAAAACCAUUCACAGUUGGUGCUUUUUUCAAUUUCAGCUGUGCAAAUAAUUAUUUCCGACUUAACGAGUGAAAUGUGAGCUGUGCUGGCAGAGUGAGUCGAACUUUUCAGUACCGCUUUACAGUAAGGCUCCCCUUAUAGAUGGCUAAUAAACAGUUUAUAGAUGCGUUAUUAGAUCCGCUUUAUAAAUCAUUAACUGCUUAUUAUGCAUUAAUUAAGGGUGACGGACAACUGACCAGUUUCUUGCCAAAUCUGUUCAUCUAUAUAUUUCAUCUAGAGUCGUUCUAUUAAUCAUUUCAGAUUAAGCUACUACCUUGUAAGCACAAUAAGCAUUUGUAAACCUAAUUUUAGGAUGUA